GCCAGCCACCGCACGGGUACUGCCAGGCCCUGGCUUGGGGUCGGUUCGCUUCUGCCACCCUCGUGGGGCGAGGGGGUACAGGCUGCUGUGCCUCUAAAAGUUGGCCAGCAGGUGGAUUCACAUAAUUAGAGGACGUCUGCAGUGCUUUGUGCUUGGGACUGCUGCUCAAAGGACUCUUGUUCCUGCAGAAGGAUGGCUGCAAAGAAAAAGGAGGUAGUGUUGCAGAUUACCAUCAAUAGCCAGGAGGUUUGGGAAGAAAUGCUGUAUCUCAAAGGACUCAUUGUUGUUGAUGGGUUUCAAGCCUGGUGUGGUCCGUGCAAAACAGUAGUGGAUCUUUUCCGAAAAAUAAGGAAUGAAGUUGGCAGUGAUCUCCUGCAUUUUGCUGUGGCUGAAGUUGAUUCCAUUGAUGCUCUGGAAAAGUACAGAGGAAAAUGCGAGCCUGUUUUUCUGUUUUAUACAGGAGGAGAAUUAGUAGCUGUUGUAAGAGGAGCGAAUGCACCAUUGCUGCAGAAGACCAUCCUGGAACAGCUGGCAGUGGAAAGGAAGUUUUUAGAACAUGGAGGAGAGCGUGUGGUGGUACAAGACCGAGCCUUCUCCAAAGAGGAGAGAAACAUGGCUGCUCUUCAGGAAGAACACCGGGAAGGCCAAAUGGGUAAGGCGGGCACAGCUGUAGGAUGCCCUUUGUGCCCUUUGCUAAAGCUGGAGCCCUAAAGGAGGAUUCAUCUGCUGUGCUCGGACAUCCGAGGGGCUGUUCCUCCACAUGGGCACAAUGUGGGCUCUUUCCCAGUCUGACCGAUCCAUACACAGGGUAGGGCCACCUUGAAACAGGGAUAUGUAGGCACAAAUAAGAGAUCAGGGUAG